UUAGGUGUGUCACCUGUUCUGAGGCCAAAGGGCCCAUGAAUGACUUCAGGUGUUGUCCCAGCCCCUAAGACAGGCGUCAGGUUACAAGACACAUAAUCAUUCCAGUUUGGCAACUUCACCUGUCGGACUGCUUUAAUUGAGCUACCAACAGUCCCCCAGUCACUCCUGGAAUACGGCGGCGAGAGGCAGCAGCUUGCUAGGCGGACAACGAGGAUGCUGACCUUGAAGGACCAAGGUCCGCCCAGCACUCGGGCCUCCUCCAGCCAGUGCUGACCAGGGUCUUCUGACCUGCUGGCCAGCCAGGACCUGUGCGGGGAGGCCCUCCUGCUGCCUUGGGGUGACGAUCUCAGCUCCAGGCUACAGGGAGACGACCUGGACGACCACAGAGCCAGCAUGGAUCCUGACAGUGAUCAGCCUCUGAACAGCCUCGAUGUCAACCCUCUGCGCAAAUCCCGUACCCCCAUGGAGACCUUCAGAAAGGUGGGGAUCCCCAUCAUCAUGGCACUGCUGAGCCUGGCGAGUAUCAUCAUUGUGAUUGUCCUCAUCAAGCUGAUUCUGGAUAAAUACUACUUCCUCUGCGGGCAGCCCCUCCACUUCAUCCCAAGAAGCCAGUUGUGUGACGGGGAACUGGACUGUCCCUUGGGGGAGGACGAGGAGUACUGUGUCAAGAGCUUCCCCGAAGGGCCUGCAGUGGCAGUCCGCCUCUCCAAGGACCGAUCCACCUUGCAGGUGCUGGACCCAGCCACAGGGAACUGGUUCUCUGCCUGUUUUGACAACUUCACAGAAGCUCUGGCCGAGACAGCCUGUAGGCAGAUGGGCUACAGCAGCUCACAACUCUCUCUCCCUCUUGAUGCGAGCAGCAAACCCACUUUCAGAGCUGUGGAGAUUGGCCCAGACCAGGAUCUGGAUGUUGUUGAAAUAACAGAAAACAGCCAGGAGCUUCAUGUGCAGAACUCAAGUGGGUCCUGUCUCUCAGGCUCCCUGGUCUCCCUGCACUGCCUUGCCUGUGGGGAAAGCCUGAAGACCCCCCGCGUGGUGGGUGGGGAGGAGGCCUCUGUGGAUUCUUGGCCUUGGCAGGUCAGCAUCCAGUACGACAAACAGCACGUCUGUGGAGGGAGCAUUCUGGACUCCCACUGGGUCCUCACGGCAGCCCACUGCUUCAGGAAACAUACCGAUGUGUUCAACUGGAAGGUGCGGGCCGGCUCAGACAAACUGGGCAACUUCCCAUCCCUGGCUGUGGCCAAGAUCAUCAUCAUUGAAUUCAACCCCAUGUACCCCAAAGACAAUGACAUUGCCCUCAUAAAGCUGCAGUUCCCACUCACUUUCUCAGGCACAGUCAGACCCAUCUGCUUGCCCUUCUUUGAUGAGGAACUCACUCCAGCCACCCCACUCUGGGUCAUUGGAUGGGGCUUUACAAAGCAGAAUGAAGGGAAGCUGUCUGACAUACUGCUGCAGGCGUCAGUCCAGCUCAUUGACAGUACACGGUGCAAUGCAGACGAUGCGUACCAGGGGGAAGUCACCGAGAAGAUGAUGUGUGCAGGCAUCCCAGAAGGGGGCGUGGACACCUGCCAGGGUGACAGUGGUGGCCCCCUGAUGUUCCAGUCUGACCAGUGGCAGGUGGUGGGCAUCAGUAGCUGGGGCUAUGGCUGCGGGGGCCCGAGCACUCCAGGAGUGUACACCAAGGUCUCGGCCUAUCUCAACUGGAUCUACAAUGUCCGGAAGUCUCUCUUGUUCUAGGCUGAGCUGUAAUGCUGCCCCUCGGCAGUGCUGGGAGCUGCUUCCUUCCUGCCCUGCCCACCUGGAGAUCCCCCAAAGUCAGACACAGAGCAAGAGCUCCCUUGGGUACACCCCUCUGCCCACAGCUUCAGCAUUUCUUGGAGCAACAAAGGGCCUCAAUUCCUUUGAGGAAGAGAUCCCCACAGCCCAGAGGCACCCAGAGGAAGUCAGCAGCCUAGCUCAGCCAUGCUUGGUGCUCCCAGCAUCCCAGAGAGACGCAGCCCACUGAACAAACCAGUCUGCAGGCCAAGGUCUCAGGGGUAUUGCUGAGAAGGAACUUUCACACACUACUUACUGAAUGGAAGCAAGCUGUCUUAUGAGAGCCCAGAUCACUGUGGGCUGGAGAGGAGGAGGAAAGGUUUGUGCCAGCCCUGUCCUUCUUCACCCAUCCCCAAGCCUACUGGAACAAGAAACCAGUUGUAACAGAAAACGCACUGCCCUACUGUUGGUGUGACUACUAUCACCUACUAUUGUUGUUCUUACAGCUAUGGUCACUAUUAUUAAAGAGCUGUGUGACAUCUCUGGCACAGGCUAGCUGGAAUGCUUGAUAAGAAUGGAGCUGGGACCACUGAACCUUCAUUCUUUAGCUUGGGGAGAAAAAAAGUCCUGGGAAAGCAAUUGUGUCUCAGAGUAGAGGCAGGGAAAAAAAGAGUUAUGGAGACUAGACCUACUGAGUGACAGCAAGAGUGAGCUGCAGAUUGGAGAAGCCAGAGUGAGCAAGUUUCAUUCCCACAUGGGGCCUUCUCCCUUUGCCUCAUUCCCUCCCUCCCUGCCUGUGAUCAUCAGCCAGGAGCCAGGGAUAACAUAUGACUUUGGAAGGAGAUGAGUUAGGCAGUCAAGGGUGACAUUUGAUCAGGGAUUCCCACGUGGCUGGAAAGAAAUGCUGUGCCUGUGUCCCACCUUCUUCCAGGUGGAGAGCCCUCAGUGUGGCUUCUUUCAUCCAUUCAAAUAAAAAGUAUCAGCUCCCAAGUAUGAGGCAGUCCCCAAGCUGGGUUGUGAGGAUAUAGGCAUGAAUAAGCCCCUACACUCAAAAUGGUCAAAGAAUUAAGCCCCAUGCCCAGCCAAUUUUUUGUAUUUUUAGUAGAGACAGGGUUUCACCAUGUUGGCCAGGCUGUUCUCGAACUUUCUUGGCAGCUGUAUGAAAGCUUGGGUUUUCUGAGGACUCUCUUGCUAUAGUUAAGUCAGAUCCUAGAUGAAAUAUACUUGCUCAUACUAUACUAGGUUCUUAGGAAACAACAAAAUUCCUCAAAUGCCAGUAACAAAUAAAAGAAAAUAGAAACCCAGAAAACAAAGCAAAACAAAACCAUCAGAACUGUAAGUGGAAACGAAGGUGACAAUCUCAGAGCAAUACACUAAAUAUCGGGUCGAGACCUAUAUGAAGGCUGCCAUCAGAGCUAAACCCGGACAUGCGGCAGACAAAGGAGCCGAACCAGGGCUCCUACAUGAAGCAGAGACACUGAAGGGAGCAAAUGUGUUCUCAGGUGGCAGAUGGUCUGGAGGAAAAUAACCCAAGUUUAGAGUCUCAGGAUUCCCAAAGAUCCUCCAAAUAUGAGCUCAAAGAUCAGAGACAUUGAAAAAUAAAAAACAUCUUAAGUAGGUGGCAUAAAAAACAACUAAUUUAGAACCCCAAAGACUUUAGGUGUCAGAAUAUUAGAUACUUACAAUAAUAACCAAUAUUUUCGGAGUAUGUAUAUGUGCCAGACACUAUUGUAAGUGCUUUGUCAUGUACUGAUUCAUUUAAUACUCACAGAAAUCUAUGAGAUAGGUAUUAUUCUUAUCCUCUGUUUAUGGAUUAAAAAAACUAAGGCACAAUGAGGUUAAGCUCCUUGCCUGAGGUUAUAGACUGGUAAAUUGAACAUAAGCACUUAGAAUACAGAGUUCAGGCUGUAAAUUACCACACUAUAGGCCUCCAAUAUGAUAAUUUAUAAAAUAUUUAAAUUAAAAGAAUACUAGUAGUACAUUUUAAAA